AUGGGUUGGCUUAGCAAGAUUUUUAAAGGCUCCAGCCACAAGUUAUCGGAAGAGCAUUGUCGUGAGAAUUAUGGAGAGGAUCCAAAUAACUGUGGACCUUCUUGUUCCGGGGAGGUCUGGUCAGAAAACGAGAAUGAAGAUAUAGACCGUGCUAUUGCACUAUCUCUUUUAGAAGAAAAUCAAAAAGGAAAAAUUGUGGUUGGUUUUGAUUCUCAGUUGGAAGAAGAUGAACAACUUGCCAGAGCCCUACAAGAAAGUCUGAAUGUGGAGUCUCCUCCCCAACAUGGAAAUGGAAAUACAUAUCAACCUAGCACUCCUCCCCAUAUGGAAAUGGAAAUACAUAUCAACCUAUCACUCCUCCCCAACAUGGAAAUGGAAAUACAUAUCAACCUAGCACUCCUCCCCAAUAUGGAAAUGGAAAUACAUAUCAACCUAUCACUCCUCCCCAAUAUGGAAAUGGAAAUACAUAUCAACCUAUCCCUCCUCCCAGAUAUGGAAAUGGAAAUACAUAUCAACCUAUCCCCAUGUACUACCCAAUGGGGUCCAGUUUGGCAUCCAGAAUGUUUCCGUUGUCGUGCAUGCAACCUACCAAUUUCUGAUUAUGAGUUUUCUACAUCUGGGCAUUACCCUUACCAUAAAUCUUGCUAUAAGGAAAGCUACCAUCCAAAAUGUGAUGUUUGCAAGCACUUUAUUCCAACCAACACUGCUGGUCUUAUUGAAUAUAGGGCACAUCCAUUUUGGGUCCAGAAAUACUGCCCUUCUCAUGAACACGAUACUACUCCUCGGUGCUGCAGCUGUGAGCGAAUGGAGCCACAGGACACAAAAUAUGUGCCCCUUAAUGAUGGUCGGAAGCUCUGUCUAGAGUGUCUGGACUCUGCAAUCAUGGAUACCAGUGCAUGCCAACCCCUAUAUCUUGAUAUACAGGAAUUUUAUGAAGGUUUAAAUAUGAAAUUGGAGCAGCAAGUUCCGUUACUCUUGGUUGAAAGACAAGCGUUAAAUGAAGCAAGAGAAGGAGAAAGAAAUGGCCAUUAUCACAUGCCUGAGACCAGAGGCCUUUGCCUUUCUGAAGAACAGACUAUUAGCACGAUUUCAAAGCGGCCACGGUUUGGGGGAGGAAACCACGCCAUGGAAAUGGUAACAGAGCCAUACAAGCUAACUCGUCGCUGUGAGGUGACCGCAAUUCUAAUCUUGUAUGGGCUUCCAAGGUUGCUGACUGGGUCUAUUCUGGCACAUGAGAUGAUGCAUGCAUGGCUGCGGCUUAAAGGUUACCGACCUCUUAGUCAAGAUGUUGAAGAGGGUAUCUGUCAGGUUCUAGCUUACAUGUGGCUAGAGGCCGAGCUUAUAUCUGGCUCAGGCAGCAAUGUGGCAUCAACCUCGUCUUCCUCGGCAUCGAAGAAGGGUACAAGAUCUCAGUUCGAGAAGAAGCUCGGUGGGUUCUUUAAACACCAGGUCGAAUCAGACAUGUCCCCAGUAUAUGGAGAUGGAUUCCGAGCUGGUCAACAGGCAGUGCAGAAAUAUGGGCUUCGAAGUACCUUAGACCAUAUUAGAAUGACAGGGACAUUUCCUUAUUGA